AUGCUACAGCUCGUAUUUUACGCUCUGCCCAGUGGAAUAGCUCAAGUGCUGACCGAAAUGCAGCGAACUUAUAGCGAUUUGACAUUCUAUCCCUUGGCUAUCGAUACCACAGCUUAUCGCAACACCCUCUCUCUUGCCAUUGUUGAUCGCAAUCAGAAAGUAAUCUCUGCCAAUGAUUCGCGUGAUAUCGUCGCGAGAUUCUUCAAAAUGGACGAGUUUGCUCAUGCUCUGCUAGAGUCAACGGAAACAGAUCUUUGUGCCAAUGUCUCUUGUGCCAAUAAUGGGACAUGUCAGCAGAAGGUUGUGUGGAAAAGAAAGAGCUCAACAUUUACGGAACCAGAGUCGAUAUGGAGCAUACCGGAGGGAGUGGGAAUGGCUAGAUGCGAUUGUGCUGUUGGCUUUACGGGUGAGAGAUGCGAAAACGUCAAAAAGUGUGAUCGUACCAGUUGUCCUGAUGGAGAGUGCACAGAGGACGGAGACUGUGUUAGAGAUUGCGAGAAGACUUGCAAAAAUGGAAUCUGCUCAAAUGGCAUUUGCGAAUGUCUGCUAGGAUUCGCUGGAGCUGACUGUUCCUUGAGAACAUACGGUACUGCAACCGAGCAAAAGCGCAGAAAAACCGUCAAGAUGCUGAAGAAGCUAUCAACUCCAAAAGCACCUUGUUCGGACCUAGAGUGUGGAAAAGGAGAAUGUCUGGUACAAAGCGGCCGUUCGAGCACUUGCCGUUGUCCUGGAGGAUUUGUAGCAAAAGACUGCUCAUCUGAUUCCCAUGUGCUAUCAUUAUCAAAGAGCUCCGCCACCUUUACACCAACAACAGAACUGAGAACAGAGCUGGAGCUAAAUCACUCACCGCUGUUAACCAAUGAGUUCUGUAACGGCAGUCAAUCAAUAUCCAUCGAUUUCCGAACGAAGAGUUCACACGGUGUCAUUGUUGCAUUGUCCUAUGAAGCUGAAUUCGCUGUUAUUGAGGUGAGGUGACA